AUGGCAUACGCCUCUAGAUUUGGAAAUCGUUGCUUGGAUAUAAUCAAUGAGGCGGAAGAUUUGCGGAAAGGUCUUGGAAUGACCUCUUUGUCCCCUCGCCAAGGCUCAGAACUGAAUGGUAGUUUCGGGGCGAUUCUGGAGCGGUUGACUCCUUUGUCGGAUCGCGUGUCUGAACUAAAGCAAAGACUUUCCAGUCAGAUCACUGCGUCAUCGAGUUUGAUAGCCCAGAAAGACAGCAGAGUCAAUUUAGCCAUUGCCGGACUACAGGCCAAUGACAGCAGAACACUCAAGGGUAUUGCAAUACUGACAUUGUUAUUUCUGCCUUCCACUUUAGUCGCUACUUUAUGGACCACAAACCUCUUUGAGUUUCAAGGGGACACCAACUGGAAAGUUUAUAUCACUAUAACGGCUGUCCUCACAUUUCUUGUUAUCACCUGCUCAUGGCUCUACACUCGCAUCUUUCAACGACGAGACAAUGAUCGCUGGACACGCUUUGCGGCAUAUGAUCUUGGCUUUCAUUCGAACAGUGUGUGA